ACUUUACAUGUGCUUUAGUAUGUCAAUACAUCAAAAUAAGUGCACUUCUGUAAGGUUUAAAAUGUACUUUAUAGGGUUAGUUCACCCAAAAAAUGAAAAUUAUGUCAUUAUUUACUCACCCUCAUAUCGUUCCACACCUGUAAGACUUUUGCUCAUCUUCGGAACACAAAUUAAGAUAUUUUUGAUAAAAUCCGAUGGUUCAGUGAGGCCUGCAUCGCCAGCAAUAACACUCCCUUUUUCAAUGCCCAGAAAGCUACUAAAAACAUAUUUAAAACAGUUCAUGUGACUACAGUGGUUCAACCUUAAUAUUAUAAAGCGACUAGAAUACUUUUUGUGCACCAAAAAUAAGAAAAAAAGCGACUUUAUUCAACAAUAUCUAGUGAUGGGUGAUUUCAAAACACUGCUUCAUGAAGCUUUGAAGCUUAACAAAUCAUUGGUUUCGAAUCAGUGUUUCGGAGCGCAUAUCAAACUGCCAAAGUCACAUGAACUAUUGAAGUUUCAAAACACUUAUGACGAAACGAAGCCUCGUUUACCUAAAUCAUGGGAUUUUGGCGCUCUGAACUACUGAUUCGAAACAAAAGAUUCGUAAGUUUUUUUUUUUAAAUCGCCCAUUACUAGAUAUUGUGGAAUAAAGCCCCCCUUCACAAUCAUUAUAAAGCAAGGAUAUUUUUUUUUAAAUAUAACUCUGAUUGUGUAUGUCUGAAAGAGUCAUAUACACCUAGGAUGGCUUGAGGGUGAGUACAGCUUGGGAUAAUUUUCAUUUUUGGGUGAACUAUCCCUUUAAGUUUGUUAAGAAACAUAGUGAGUCUACUCACUUUAAGUACAUAUAAAUGGCAUUUUAUUUUAUUGAUAUUAUAUUAUCUGCAAGUACAGUUUUUAAAAGUAAUCUUUAAAGAAUUAAAGUACAAUACAAAUGCAUGUUCAAUACAAUUCAGCGCACUUCUUUUUCACAAGGGUAUGUUUAACAGUGGACUUACUGUGGCAAGCAUAAUCACAAAUUUCUCCAGAGGUCAUAUCAGCUUCCCAAGCAAAGCUGUUGCAAUAAUCCAUUGUUAUUUUAAGUCAAUAAGAAGAUAAUGAUUGAAAGAAGUAAUGCUGAUGAAAAACUGCACGUUGCAUAACUGAGUCAAAGGCCACCAUAUGAGGAGGAAACAGAGAGACAAGAGGAGAAAGAAUUUAGCUAACAUUGUAAACAGUGACAGACCACAUAGCAUUUUAAGGAAAUUCGAAGAAGGAGGAAAAGAAAGUCAGAAACAAUGGUAAGGACUGAUAGAUGUAAGAAACUGUUUACAUGUAAAGAGAAACCUUUGGACCCAGAAAAGCUUGGAAGAAUGGAAAGCCUAGAUGUGGAUUGCAGUCCCUCAUUAUUGCUGAAUAUUGCCCUUGCACUGCAACACGUGUUGGUACUGUCGUCUGUGUGUGCGAUGGUUGCGAGUGCAUUAAUUCAGGAAGUAGACAAGGAAAGAAUAGUGGCCCAUGUGCUCUUUUACUCAGGUAUAUCUACACUACUGCAGAGCUGGAUCGGAUCACGUUUGCCAUUGAUCCAGGCUCCAUCUUUGGACUUUCUGAUCCCUGCCCUAGCCCUGCUUUCUGCUCAGUCAGGGACUCCCGUGGCCUGCAGGGGGCAGUGUAUUGAAGCAGAGGAGCCUGUGGCCCCAGCACUCCCAAUAAGAGAGUUGAGAGGCAUGACUCUGGUUUCAGGUAUUGUGCAGUUAGCCGUGGGUAUGACUGGUCUGAGUGGGUUUGCACUGGGACGCUGUGGACCAUUAGUUCUGGCCCCUGUCCUUUGUAUCUUGGGUUUUUCCAUCUACAGGGAAGCAGCGCUGCUUUGUUCUGACCACUGGGGCAUGGCUGCACUGGCGGUUGUUCUUCUAGUCAUCCUCUCUCAGCAUCUGCACUUGUUUCUGCGGCUGUCUGUGUUCUCGGUCACCAGGAGACUCUCUGUACUUCUAUCUGUGAUGGUGAGCUGGGCCGUUUGUGCCGCACUGGUGCGGUGGGGUCAUGUCAGUCUUAACUCUGUGACCCAGAUGCUCUCGACAAAGAGAAACACAACCAUCAUUCAGUCCACCAACAGUCCACAUUCAUCGGACUUUGUCUUUCCUAACGACUCUGUACCUUGGCUGGACUUUCCUCUUCCUGCCUCAGCACUCCCUCUGCUGUCUGGAAAUAGCAUUGCAGCAGGAGUGGCUGGAGGCCUGUCUGCCAGCAUUAGCUCUCCAGCUGUGUACGUGAUGGCAGCUCGGCUCCUGAAGGCUCCUGUGCCCCCAGCACAUGCCUGUAACAGGGGCCUGUGUGUGGAUGGCAUGGGAAGUGUGAUCGCUGGCCUGAUGGGGGCGCCAGUAGGACUGUGCAGCAGUGUGCCUAAUGCAUGUGUUAUUGGGCUCAGCCAGUCUGGGUCCCGGAGCACAGUGCAGAUCGCUGGGGUGUUGUUGUUAAUUCUGGGUGUGUCUCCUCAAUUAGCUCAGAUGCUCUGCUCUGUCCCUCUGGCCAUACAUGGUGCUGUGCUCAGUGUGACCUACGCACUUGCUGUAGCAACAGGAAUAACUUAUUUCCAACAUGCCGACGUGGACUCAGGACGCAACAUUUUCAACAUCGGCUUCACAAUGUUCAUGUCAUUAGCACUGCCACGCUGGUUCAGACUUCACUACAGUUUUAUACAAACGGGUGUAGCCAGUGUUGACGUUCUUCUUCAGUCUCUUUUAACCUUACCAGUUUUCUUUGUGGGGGUUUUGGCUUUUCUUCUAGAGCACACUGUUUCAGGGACUUUGUCUGAGAGGGGAUUGAUGCGACUUGAAGGCACAAAGAAGAUUCUGUCUCUCGCUGAUCAGCAGCAGGGAUACAGCCUAAGUCCAGACGCGGUGUAUGACCCGCCUCCACCUGUGAGGAAAGUGCUGGAGCUGACCGGCUUCAGAACCGUCCCCUUCUGUGCCUGCAGAAGCCCCACGGUGGAAGAGGUGCUAGUGACAGUACCAGAGAUGUCUAGCUUAUUACCUGACAAGGAUGCUGGUGUUGGCAGUGGCAGUGGCUGAAUUUUUGCAGCUCAGUCCAUCUUUUAUUUUAAUUUUCAAAUUGUAUUUAACUUGUCUCUUUCUGGUUUGCUUUUUAUAAAUUGUAUUAUGUUUAGUGUCUUCCGUGAACACAGUGGUUUUUGACUCCCCGUUGGUUUUGUCCCCCAUUGUCCAACACAAAGUUAUUUAUUAAGUCAUUUUAAUGAAGUCAGAUUCAUAACCACUGUAUUAUUACACCUUAUUCAUUUUAGCAUGGACUUCUGAGAGCAGAGACAUUUUGUCAAGAGACUAAAAAAAGACAAAGGCAGAUAUUUCUGUAAUCUUUAAUUCUGAAAAAUAGAUCUUUAAAUAGUUUUACAAAUAUUAUAUAAUUUCUGACAUCUUUAAGUAAAAUGUAAAUAAUGCCACAAAACAGAUAAAUACAGUAAGUUGUAUGGGAAAUUGAGUAUUACUGCAUAAAGCACACAUAAGGACUACAUAAACUGGCAUAAACUCUUAUAACAUUGCUACACAUUGCACAGAGUAAACUGUCUUUGAAUGAAGCCUUCAUAAAAGUACUCAAAACCCUUAUGUAUGCUAGAUGGAGAAAUACAGUGUACAAUAUGACCAUUAAAUACUUGAUUAAGUUGGGAAAGAAACCUCUACCUUUACAGUGAGAAACAUGUAACUGACCAUAUGAAUGAAUGCAAAACAGUUAUUAUGAACUGCUUUGGACCUAAAAGUGUUUUCCUUAUGUUUUAAAGGCCUAGUUUUGACCCUGUUGUAAAGUGGGUGUGUUUGUGUGUAUACCUUCCAUUCUCAUUUCUUUUCUAACACAACUUCCUCCUCCGUCUCAAACCUUAUCAGGCCAUGUUGGUCUGCUCGCCUGUGGUUGAGUCACUGCAUACCUGAGUAAAGCAAAUUCAUCUAUA